AGACCUUUGGCUCGGUAACUCGGCUUUGACCGGCUGCUGUCUGCCGGGCUGUGUGGCUGUGAGCCCGCCCCAUGGGAGGCGACCAACAGCGGCGCCGGGCCUUGCUGCUGAGCCGGCCCCGACGAGGCGGCCGAUGCCAGCUCCGCAUCAACGUGGCCCGUGCCAUGAAGAACGCCGAGGCCUUGAGCCUGGUCGCCCAGCAGCAAGGGUGGGAACUCGUCCAGAAGGGCGGUGAGAUCCGGUGGGUCGUGCGCAAGGAAGACCUCAUUGAGAGCCUCCGCAGUAUCCAGAGCGGUGGACAGUGGUUAUCGCACAUCCCGGGCAUGCACGAGGCCUGUGAGAAGGGCAGCCUUGCACGGGCGCUGGAGGCCAGUCAGGCAGCUUUCUGGCCGCGCUCCUGGAGGAUCACCCAGCCUGAGGAGCUUCAGGCUGCGCUGGAGUUUUGCCAGAGUCAUGUGGUCAUCGUGAAGCCCAACAGAGGCCUGCAAGGUCGAGGGAUCUACUUGGCUGCCAAGCCGGAGGAGCUGCGCACCGCGCUGGCGGCGGAGUCGGACGCGGUGGUUCAGGAGUACAUUUGCAGACCGUUGCUCAUAGAUGGCCAUAAGUGGGAUUUGCGUCUUUACGCCCUGGUCAUGCCUCAUAGACAAGGCCUCCGCUGCUGGUUGGCCAAGGAAGGCAUCGCGCGCGUGUGCGCCGAGCCCUACCAGGACACUAAGUGGAUCGGUGUGCGGCAGCUGGCACCAGGUGAAACCUUCAGUUGUUUGUAGACUUUUGAGAUCUGUUGAUCUAUAUAUGACCCAGAAUCGUUUACGUCUCCAUCUGGGGAGGUCUUAUUAAUCAACAGCCUACAUGAUUGUGUAUGUAUAUAUAUAUUAUCAAGCUGCUCACUUUUCAACAGGCUUCUGCCUGGCUUAGAGAGCGGUCCGCAGCUGAUCUUUGUGUCCCUUGUCGCGGUCCGGAGACCCCCUGGCCCGUUUCGGGUUGACUGGGAGUUAGAGACCUCCCUUUGACACUACACACCCAUAUAGAUGGUAUAUGCAUGUUCAGUUCCUGGAUAAUUAUACACAUAGAAUAGAACACCGUUUUCUUGUGAUUUUAUGGCUUCUGA